AUGUCUACGAAUAAAACUGGAGAAUCCAAAAUAAUGUUUGCCUAUUUUGAUGAAAUAGAUGAAAUCUUUAAAAAAGAUCACAACAUAGAACCGGUGGCAAUAGCAUCGUCUUCUAAUAAUAACUUCCCAUCAGAAACUACAACACAUGAUUCUAAUAAUGAAAAUGUUGAUGAUCCUCGGUCAAAAAAAAAAAAAAACAAAACGGGUGGUAAAAACACCAAAAGAAGACAAAGAAAAUUUAGAAAAAAAAAUGAGGUACUGAAUUUGUGUAGGCAACUGAUUUCUCUAGCUAAAGAUUUAGUUCCAAAAAAUCAAUAA